CGACCGGAGGCGGAUGUCGGGGUUGCUGAGGCUCACCUGUCCCUCUGCAGCUAUGAGUGUGAUGUCUUCGGUGAUGCGGGGCACCCGGCGGCUGGUGCACGCAGACCCAGCUCUGUUCAGUAACUUCCCGUUUCCGGCCGUAUUCUGCCGUGCCGGGAGCGCCGACUCUCUCCUCACCUGCCAACCGAACAGGAAGUUCAAACAUCUGCCGACAGGUGAGAAGAUCACCUUCCUCGACACGCCGGGCCACGCCGCCUUCUCCUCCAUGAGAGCCCGUGGAGCCAACGCCACCGACAUCGUCAUUCUGGUGGUGGCAGCUGACGAUGGCGUCAUGAACCAGACGGUGGAGUCCAUCGAGCAUGCCAGGAGAGCCAAAGUCCCCGUGAUCGUGGCGGUGAAUAAGUGUGACAAGCCUCACGCCGACGCUCAGCGGGUGAAGCAGGAGCUGCUCGCUCACGACGUUGUUUGCGAGGAGUUCGGGGGAGACGUUCAGGCGAUUCACAUCUCUGCUCUGAAGGGCGAUAACCUUCUGGCUCUGGCUGAGGCCACAGUAGCUUUGGCAGAGGUGUUGGAGCUAAAGGCGGAGGCUACCGGCCCCGUGGAGGGACUCGUCAUCGAGAGCAGGACGGACAAAGGCAAAGGCCCGGUCACCACAGCCAUCGUCCAGCGGGGGACGCUAAAGAGAGGCUGCGUGCUGGUUGCUGGGAAAUCCUGGGCUAAAGUUCGCUUCCUGUUUGAUGAGAACGGCUGCGCUGUGAAGGAGGCGGGGCCGAGUACUGCGGUGGAGGUGGUUGGCUGGAAGGAGCUAACCUCGCUGCAGCUCGGAGCCGCCGCGGCGUGCGUCUCGUUCCCUGAGUGA